UUUCUCCUCAUUUUUUCUCUUCCUCCGCUUUUCCCAUCUCUCCUCGUUUCCUUUUGCACAGGGAAACCAGAAGAGGAAGGAAGAGGAAGGACGAAGAAAGAAGAGCGAGAAGAAGAAGAUAAGAGAAAGGGAGAGGCUUGAGCUUCUGCUCCACGCCGCAGAUCCGGUCGCACGCCGGCCGUCGAUCGCCGUUUCAUCUGGUCAGGUCGCUGGCCUCUGUCUUUAUGACGAGCAAACCACCAUCCCUCUGCUGCGCCUGAUCCACCUCCCGCCCCUCUGUAUCCUUCUUCAUCUGGCUGACCGCGUGGCUACUGUCGGGCGAGAGUGAGAGAUGGGGGCGGUCACUUCGUCCAUGGCGGCGAAGUUUGCGUUCUUCCCGCCGAACCCUCCCUCUUACAAGGUAGUUACUGAUGAGGUCUCCGGGCGGCUGACGCUCACCGACGUGCCGCACCGCGAGAACGUCGACGUUGUGAAGCUGAGCACUCGGCGGGGAACGGAGAUCGUGGCGAUGUAUGUGAAGAAUCCAAUGGCGAGCCUUACGCUACUCUACUCGCACGGCAACGCCGCGGAUUUAGGACAGAUGUAUGAGCUCUUUACGGAACUGAGUGUUCACCUCCGCGUCAACCUGAUGGGGUAUGACUACUCUGGCUAUGGACAAUCAUCUGGUAAGCCAAGUGAACAAAAUACAUAUGCAGAUAUAGAGGCAGCUUACAAAUGCCUCCAAGACACUUAUGGAGCAAAGGAAGAAGAUGUUAUUUUAUAUGGUCAGUCAGUUGGAAGUGGCCCAACUUUGGAUUUGGCGACCCGUUUGCCUCGUUUAAGAGCUGUUGUGCUGCAUAGUCCAAUAAUGUCUGGCUUAAGGGUCAUGUAUCCUGUAAAAAGAUCAUAUUGGUUUGACAUUUACAAGAACAUAGACAAGAUCCCUUAUGUCAGUUGUCCUGUGUUAAUCAUUCACGGAACAGCAGAUGAGGUAGUGGAUUGUUCCCAUGGCAAGCAGUUAUGGGAACUCUGCAAAGAGAAAUACGAACCUCUAUGGCUGAAGGGAGGGAACCACUGUAACUUGGAAGUCUAUCCUGAGUACAUCAGACACCUAAAGAAGUUCAUUUUAGCAGUUGAGAAAUCUCCAGGACUAAAGAACGGAUCAAAGCAGAGUUCCGAUAUUUCAGAGCCCUCCCGCCGAAGCACUGAUUGCCUGGAACCUGCACGGAAGAGCAGUGACCGGAGGGAGAAGUCCAGACCUAGCACAGACAAGGCAGAGCGUUCAAGGAUGAGUACUGAUCGCAGGGACAAGUCAAGGCGGAGUGUCGACCGGCAGGAGAAAGCAAGGACCAGUGUUGACCAAGUGGAGAAACCUCGGAAGAGCACGGAUCAACCUCCAGACAGAGCAAGGAACAGCAUUGAUCGCUUUGGCGACAUGAUGAGGUCGGUGGGCUUGUGCAAUACUGACUGUUUCAGGAUUUCGGCUUCUCGGGUGUUAGAGGACAAAGAAGCUCACUUUUCCAAGGAGUGGCCCGUCUCAUCCCAUAAGAUUGUGUUGGGGAUGGUCCAUUCAAAUAGGUGGAUUUACAAAUCUGGAUACCAACUGUUGAUUCAGAUAUACUCCGGCCAUAGGCAAUUUGAGCAGCUGCGACUCUCUUCCCUUCCCCUUUAGCCAUGCUUCCAGAACAUUGGUCUCCUCCAUGCAGUUCGCCUGUUUUGCUGCAACUCCCAUGUAUGGUGCAGCAUUUCUGAACGCCUCCGAUGGUUCAAGUUAGUAGUUGCAGUAACCAUUGCCAACUGAGUCGGAUCAGGUGCCGCUGCUGAAGACGUCGGAAUGUUCGAUAGAUGGGACACAGGUGGACCAGGCACAAGCUGGAAAUAGCCAGAAAGUUUGACGCGGGCGGCGAUCCAAUUGCAAGCCUAGGCGGUAGUGGGUUUUGUAUAGUAUCUGAAGCUCUAAAUGCCCGUCGUCCCCAGCUGAGAGUUGGCGGACAAUCUGGCCUGCAUUUGAGUUCUGGAAGAGGCUGGAUACCGUGCUUCAGCUAGAGGGGGCCAUCCAGGUUUAUUUUAAAGCCUUAAAUCUUUUCAAGAUUUUGUUUUCCUAUGAACUAAAGCGAAGAAGAGGAAUUGGUGAGGUUUCGUUAGAGAAAAUGGUGGAACCUCGUGGUUUUGGUUUUUUA